AUGACGGAAGUGAGCGUGCGUGUGGCCGAAAGUAAACAAGGCCCCCGGCCCGGAUGCUGGUCAGGCCUCAGCUUUCAUCGCCGCCCAUCCGUUCAACUCACGCUUAGGACUCGAUCGCUAUGAGGUUGCAGCAGCUGUGGAGCAGGCUUCGCUGUGUUGUGCUGGGGAUGGUGCAUCUGCGGGCGCUGCCAGGGGCACCUCUCCACGGUUUAUCGGUGUCUCAGAUAACGAAGAAGGCCUGUGAGGAAGCGGAUGUGUACAUCAAUGCCGGGGUUGAUGGACUGAUUGUGGAAAAUAUGCAUGAUAUUCCUUACAACAUGACUGUUGGUCCAGAAGUGACUGCUACCAUGGCGACUAUUUGUGCUGCUGUGAGAUAUUCCUAUCCCAGCAUUCCUCUGGGUGUUCAAAUCCUUUCUGCAGCCAAUCAAGAAGCAUUGGCUGUUGCACUUGCUGCAGAUGCUGAUUUUAUUCGAGCUGAAGGUUUUGUGUUCUCCCAAAUUUCAGAUGAAGGUUUUCUAGAUGCAUGUGCUAGUGACCUUCUGAGAUACCGCAAGCAAAUAGGAGCUGAGCACAUUCAAAUUUUUACUGACAUUAAAAAAAAGCACAGCUCACAUGCUAUAACAUCAGAUGUCAGUGUAGCAGAGACAGCAAAGGCUGCUGAGUUCUUCCUGUCUGAUGGAGUCAUACUGACUGGAAUAGCCACUGGGGUGCAGGCAAAUCCUGAGGAGCUGAAGGAGGCUAAAAAGGCUGUGAGAAUUCCAGUCCUCAUUGGUUCUGGUGUGACCGUUGAAAACAUGGACAAGUAUGUGGCUGCAGACGCUAUGAUUAUUGGUUCAUAUUUCAAGAAAGGAGGAUACUGGGCCAAUGAAGUUGAUUUUGAACAGAUUAAGAAAUUUAUGACUAAGAUGAAUCAACUCAGAAAAUAAGAAUUUAACAAGAUACUUUGCAAAUAUAUCUACUGCUAUGCAAUGAAACAAAUCUGAUGGCUUUACCUAUACAUCUAACUAAUUUAAAUUUAACACAUUAAAAAAUACUGAUUGUGGCAUCAAUAUUAAUGAGUAUUUUUAAUGUUGUGUUCUAAUUUUUUUUUAAUGAAUUUAUUCCUAGAUUGUAAUUCGCAGCUUAUGGUGUAGCUUGAAUCAUCAGUAUAAUUGUGAUAUACAUAAACACAAGUAGCUUAAGUAAAAAUAGAAAAUGUUGGAUUACACUAUGUCACUCAAAAAUCUGCAAUGAAAAAAAUUCAGUUUUGGUGCUUUAGGUGAAUACCAGUCAUCAGAAUUGAAGUCUGAAAGUCACUUUGGUUUCAAGACUAUAGAUAAUUUGCCUUAUAUCUACACAAAUAUGAUCUGAAGCUACAAAUAUAAUUAGGAGUAACAUAUGCAAUUAAUAAGGCAAAUUGAGCUGUAAAUGGUCACCCUUUAAAUGGAAAAAAAUACCUGUUGACUUUUGUGAAAUUGUGGUUAUUAUGGUAUGCCUGGUAUUAGGGCAUGAUCUCAUUAUGCUUAAUUUCCCUAGUAAAAUGCAGUUUUGCCUGCAGUUGUUCCUUAAAACUGGUAAUCUAAGUGAUUAAGAACAUGCCAACCAAUAUGAACCCAUGUGGGUUGUUCCAGCAGGGGAUAAUUGGUGUGCAACACAACUGGGACAAGAUGGCCUAGAUGUUGCUACUUAAUAUGCAAUCAUAUUACCUAAUCUCAGUUCUGGUAUUCUACUUCAAACAGGCAACUAGCUAACAGCUUUUAAAUGUUUUCUUCUUUAGAUGUUCUUGUGCACAUCAUGCUGAGAAAGAUCUUACAUAAUUAGAGAAAACAGGGACUAGAUGAAUUUAAUGCAAAGUAAACCACUUAAUUGGCAUAAUUGAUUUACGUUGUUACAUCAGUCAGUUUUGUUCUAGCAAACCAUUGUUCCAGGGGGUGGCCUUUAAAUGUUCUAUAGUACUCUUGCUUACCUGUUCUUUCUUGGGGAGGAGAGUAAUGGUGGGAUAGCUGCAUUAAGUCUUGAAGUACCUGACUGGUGCAAGCCCACACAGUAAGGCCAAUGCGGUGCUCAUUACCUGUGUAGCCCGUUGCAAAAUCAGCCUCAGUGUGUUCAGAAUUGUUUGUGUGUAUACACUGCCAGAAAGGAUUAUUGUAUAGCAAUUUUUAUCCUUACCAAGCACUGAGACUAAGGACAAGGCCAAAUGUAGGACUCAAGCAAAAACAGAAAAGGCUGGAAAAACUCAACAGGUCCAGCAGUAUCUGUGGAGAGAGAAACAGAGUUGAUGUUUCGAGUUCUUAUGACCUUUCUUCAGAGGACUUUCAAUGCUGGCCCAGCUGACAGCAGCCAACUCAAAACACACAAUACACAAAAGAUCAAACUUGGUCUGUAUAGCUCAAUGCAGUUCACAUUAUGGGGCAGAGCUGUGCUAGAGAUGUUACUAUGAAAAAGUUUAUUUCACUCCAAGUGCCAGGUCAGCGCAUUCCCAACAUGUAGCACAUAACAUUAUGAAAGCAAGAUCAGGGGUAGCAUCUCCUGUACCAGCAGUACGUUAGCAGCUAGAGAUGCUUACAUGAUCAAAGGAAAGCAAAGUAGAAAUAAUGGUCAAUCAACUAAAAGAAGCCUUUUAAACAUAACUAGUAACAUAACCACCAUGUUACCAUAUCCUAUAAAGGCUCUCCAGACAAAUUGAGGCUCGAGACCUAUAUAUUACUUAAGGGCUCAACAUUAUCUUAAGUUUGGGUGCAGGUUCUGAGAGCCAGCAGCACUGACCAGCCACAUGGAAUGCACUAGGCACAUUGUGCUGAUGUGAAUCCCAAUAUUAUUGUGAAUAGUUAACUGAGGUGUAUGCUCAAUGGGAGGGACAUAAAUCACACUUUGGCCAGGAUUUUCCUGCCCUGUCAUGGCAGGAUCUUCUGCAGGAGAUUUGGAAGCCCAGCCAAAAGCCCAUUUACUUUUCAAAGGACCGUACAAUCACAGUGGUGGGCAGGGCCAGAAAAUCUCACCCUAUGGCCCAGAUGUGCGUAUCAACUGAUUAAUUUGUAGAGCUGUAUCAUAAGUAAUUCAUACUCAGAAAUAUCUGGGAGUUUUUAAAAAAUAUUUUGAAUGCAUUAAUGUGCUCCAAUGCAAUUUUGAAAAACUGAAAGCCACAUACCAAAUGGGGAUAAAAUAUUUGUACAUAACAGAAGGUAAUUAAACUCAUUGAAGCUUCCUAACAUGCAACUUGCACUUUUAAUUCCCCUGUCUUUACUGCUGUAACCUGGCAGUUUAUUCCAUACAUUUAUUGCCCUUUUAAGUAAAGUUAUUCCGAAUGUCUCAAGUUGCAUUUCAUUAAUUUAAAUUUAUGUCCUAGGAUCCUAUUUAAUGCAUGAUUCUGAUAGUCUUCCAAAAUUGAAGCUCUACAAAAUUAGCUGAAUAUUAUCAACUGGUGAAAAUCAGUUCCAGAUGGUUUAGGAUUGGUGCUAAUUCUGCUAAAAUGGUAAAGUGUUAAUAGUUGAAAUUUCUGGGUCAACUUUGCUGCAUAAUUAUUCACAUUGCCAGUUGCCAGUUUAGGAUGGGAACCCAAUUUUCAGUGGAAAUUGAAAGUUACAUGGUUAAAAAAAGUGAGUAUAAUUUAAAAAGGACAGGCUGCACCAGAGAUUAGGGUGACAAAUUCUGAUAGGUUUAGGAACACAAGACAUCUCAUUCUGAGGUGACCCUAUAGGUCUGCAUUGCAAUGCACUGGAAAGAGGUGGAGCCAAGCUGGAGAAUGCAGCUGGCUAGUGCUUUGUGCCAGGCCUGCUGAACCCAUGGAGGAUGACAACUCCAUAUUUGACUUUCUGCUGACUCAGACUUUGUGAAUUUAGUUCUCGCAAUCAUUGCCAGAUAGAUGCAAUAAUGUCUUGAAAUAUAAAUUGGUGGCAUCUUGAUACGUGUGACUAAUCGAAUCUCUUAUGCAGCACCAGGUAAAGCAGAGGUGUUCCUGAAGAAUCAUUAAACAUCAGUUAGUGAAAAUAGGUGCAAAGGCACUGGAAUGUGUGAAAGUCUGACUGCUUUUAAAGUUGAAGCUUCUAUAUGCAAUAAUCUGCAAGCAAGAUCAGUCACCUGUUUGUAGGUGUUAUUUUGCAGGUAGGCAUUGCUUCAGGUCAAACUAAGUGCUCCUCUUCCAACCAUUUCAAAUAGGUGAUUACUUGUUUGGAAAAAAUAUUGAUGUCAUUAAGAGUGCGGAACUACACGAAAAAAAAAUAUGGAAAAUAGUGGGGGGGAAAACAAUGAAUGCAUCUCCUUUCUAGCCCUUUAAAACUUAUUCCAGGCAAUUUCCAGUUCAGUACCUGCCGUUUUUAUGGGCAAUUAGAAGCAAUGUUGACAAAUGGUUGCACGUUGAGCAGUAUGAUAUCCAGUGCAUUGUCCUUGAAUUUAUAGUUAUGAUAGUCAUCAGUGCUUAUCUUUAUUACGGUGUAAAACUGACAGCAACUUACGUCGUCUGCACAUGCACAUUUAAGCACAGAAAUACCGAAGUAGCUGUCAAUGAUAUCCUUUUCCUCCAGAGGGUGUGCUGUUUCAGUCUUUCCAGAUGCAAGUAGAACGGAAUCAAUACGAAGUCAUAAUUACUGCUAAAUAACCUUUUGUGGAAUGUCAUUUCCUCCAUUAUGAUUAAAAAUUCCAUGUUUAAAUAAACUUUUUUUGUUAAAUUUUGAUAUUUGUGUCCACCUUAAAACCACAUUGCAAUCUUAUGUCACAAUCUUUAUUUUGCUGUUUGUAAAAUAAUUAAAAAGUGAAUUAUA